CAGUAGGAAGCGUCCGAGGCCCGUCCCGGGGCGGGAGGAGCCGCCUCGGGCAGCGCUUCACGGCUGCGGCGCCCUCGGCGCGGCUCCCCGGUAGGGCUGGUGCUGUCGGAGCCCGAGCGGCGGCGGCGGCGGCGGGGGCCGGGCGGUGAAGAUGGCGACCCCGGGGAUGGGCUGGCAGCAGCCGCAGCACAGCUACGGCGGCGGCUCCGCGCCCGGCGCGGGAAAACUCGGCUCCGGCUCAGCCCAGCCGGGGCUGGGCGCCGAGCACAACCCGGACCUGCAUUUCAAAAUGAGCAAGAAGAUUGCCCAGCUCACGAAGGUAAUAUAUGCUUUGAACACUAAAAAUGAUGAACAUGAAGCUGCUAUCCAAGCCCUUAAAGAUGCUCACGAAGAAGAAAUUCAACAAAUUCUUGCAGAGACCAGAGAGAAGAUCUUGCAGUAUAAAAGUAAAGUUGCAGAAGAAAUGGAUCUCAAGAGAAAGAUCCAAGUUUUAGAAGAGUCACUGGAAGAUCAUAAAAAGAUGAAACAUCAGGCCUUGACAGAAUUUGAAGCCUAUAAGGAUAGAGUUGAAGAUAUGCAGCUUUGUGCAGAAGCUCAGCAUGUCCAACGUGUAGUGACCAUGUCAAGAGAAGUAGAAGAGAUCAGAAAGAAAUUUGAGGAAAGGCUACGAAGUUUUAUACAGUUGCAAGUGCAAUAUGAGAAGGACAAGCGUACAGCUCUGGAAGACUUGAGAGCUGCCCACAGGCUUGAGAUUCAAGAGCUUCUGAAGACUCAACAGAGUCAGAAUGCUACUUUAAGUAAGGGGCAAGAAAAGCUAGAGGAAUUGCAUAGACUGGAGCUGGAAGACUUGAACACUAAAGUUGAAGAGUUAAGGCUGGAAAGAAAAAAACUCAUUGAGGACUAUGAAGGCAAACUCAGCAAAGCACAGUCCUUCUAUGAACAUGAACUUGAUUCUUUGAAAAGAUCUCAGCUUUUUACAGCAGAAAGUCUGCAUGCUUGCAAAGAAAAAGAAGUGGAGCUAAGAAAAGAAUUUCAAAACCAGGAAAGUAUUUUACGGAAGAAUCUGGGAAAGCUUAAAACUGAAUUGCAAAUGGUCCAGGAUGAAGCUGCCAGUCUACGGGAAAAAUGCCAAAAACUUCAGGUGGCUCUUGGUACAGCAGAAAACAAUGUUCAGGUUCUUCAAAAACAGCUAGAUGAUGUGAAGGAAGGGGAGAUGUCAUUGUUAAGCAAACACAAAGAAGUGGAAAGUGAGCUAGCAGCUGCUAGAGAACGCUUACAACAGCAGGCCACUGAUCUUGUUCUCAAAGCCAGUCACAUUGGAAUGCUUCAAGCUACUCAAAUGACUCAAGAAGUUACAAUCAGAGAUUUGGAAUCAGAAAAGUCUAGAUUAAAAGAAAAACUAUCCCAACUGGAAGAGGAAAGAAACUUAUUACAAAGCAAAACACAAAGUCUGGAUGAGCGACAAAGGCAGCAAAUUCUGGCCUUGGAGAAGAAAGUAAAUGAAGCAAGGGAGACACAACGUGAAUAUUACGAGAAGGAGCUGGUAAAAUUGCAAGCAAGAUUGGAAGGAGAGGCUGCACAGUUAAAGGAGGCUCAUUCCAAGACCUUAGAAGAAUUGGCAUGGAAACACCAUACUGCAAUUGAGGCUGUGCACAGUAAUGCUAAUAAGGAUAAGAAAAAACUGCAGAUGGAGUUGGAGCAGCAGUUUGAGAAGGAGAAACUGCAUUUGGAGGAUGAUAAGAAUCAGCUCCGACAGCAGCUGGAAAACCUGAAGGAAGAGCUAACAACGAAACUGACUUCUGCCAAUCAGGAGGUGUGUCGUCUGCAAGACCUAGUACGAAAAAGUGAACAAGGCCUUGGUACUGCAGAAGGACAUAUCUCUAGUCUUCAAGAAGCUCAGGAAAUACUCCAGAAAGAACUAGAAUUAACUAGAGCAAGACUGCGAGAGACCACAGAUUCAUUGUAUAGUGUUGAGGGAGAACUAGAUCAGGAGAGACAACAGCACGAGGCAACGAUUGCUGCCAUGAGAGAAGAGGAAAAGUUCAAAGUUGACAGAAUGGCUCGUGACUUGGAAAUAAAAUGGACAGAAAAUCUUCGGCAAGAAUGUAAUAAGCUUCGUGAAGAGCUGAGGCUUCAGCAUGAAGAAGAUAAGAAGGCAGCCAUGACUCAGCUGUUGCAGCUGAAAGAACGUGAAAAAAAUGCAGCAAGGGAUGGAUGGCAAAAAAAAGUUGAAGAUCUUUUAGACCAGAUCUCCUUACUGAAGCAGAAUCUGGAGAUGCAGCUUUCCCAGUCACAGAGCUCUUUGCAACAGCUACAAGCCCAGUUCAGUCAGGAGCGACAGAGGCUGACUCAGGAGAUCCAGGAAUUAGAAGAGGAGCAUCAGCAAAGGCAUAAGUCACUUCAGGAAGCCCAUAUCCUUGCCUUUCAAAACAUGGAAGAAACAAAAGAGCAAGAACAAAAGGAAUUAGAAGAACGUUUACAACAGAAGCACUUGGAAGAACUUCAGGCGCUGAAAGAAACUCAUAAACAAGCCAUGGAAGGUUUCAAAUUGGAGAUGGAACAGGAACUUCAGACUCUACGAUUUGAGCUGGAGGAUGAAGGAAAAGCUAUGUUAGCUUCCUUGCGCUCAGAGCUAAAUCAUCAACAUGCAGCAGCAAUUGACCAGCUAAGGCACAACCAUCAACAAGAACUGGUAGCUGCCAAAAUGGAGCUUGAAAGAAGCAUAGAACUUGGCAGGCGACAGGAGAAAGAAUUUUUAUGCCGAAUAUCAGAUCUACAAGAUGAACUGAGGCACCGAGACCGUCAUAUAGCUGAACUGGACAAAGAGAUUCUGCAUCUUCAUGAAAAUAUAAGUGCAUUGACCAAGGAAUUAGAGUUUAAAGGGAAAGAAGUUCUUAGAAUAUGCAGUGAAUCCAACCAACAGAUCAGGAUGCAUGAGCAAGAUUUAAGCAAGAAACAUGAGAAAGAGCUGGAUGUCUUGACAGCAGAUCACAUCAGAGAGAAACAAAGCAUGCUGGCAGAUUUUAAUAAGACCCAAGAGCUGCUCAAGGAAAUUAAUUCAGCUUUACAAAUUUCUUUAGAAGAAAUGGAAGAAAAAUACAAAAACAGAGAAUCAAGACCAGAAGACUUGCAGCUUAUCUCAGAACUGAAAGACCUAAUUGCAGAGCGGGACCAACUCAUAAAGAAAUUGAUUGAGGACAAAAAGUUCUAUCAGCUGGAGCUAGUUAACAGGGAGACUAACUACAACAAAAUGUUUAAUGCAAGCCCUAAUGUUGGUGUUAUUAAUCCAUUGGUGAAGCAAAAGAAGAAGAACGAUAAAUCAUCAAACAGGUUUGUGAGUGUCCCCAAUCUAAGUGCUCUGGAAUCUAGCGGAGUGGUGGGCAAUGGACAUCCUAACCGCCUGGACCCCAUUCCUAACUCACCCAUCCACGAUAUUGAGUUCAACAGCAGCAAACCACUACCACAGCCAGUGCCACCCAAAGAGCCCAAGACGUUUUUGAGCCCUCCUCAGACUGAUGCUUCACCAGUGGCUUCACCAGAUCCACAACGCCAGGAGUGGUUUGCCCGAUACUUCACGUUCUGAGAGAUGAUUUGGUUUUGUGGCACAGCGUGAUGUGGACUGUUUAUUAAGAGCAUGACCUUAAGUAAACCCUCAUGUGAAUAAGCUUUCCUGUAAUUUGUCAAACACUGUGAAUGAGAAAGUAUUUGUCUUUCUGAUUUGAAACUGCACUGUAUUUCAUGUUAUAUUUGUUGGAAUCACUUGACAUGGUACUAUAUAAUGUGUGUCAUUAUAACUAUUAUUUUUAUUUAAAA